AGCGUUGAGAGGCCCAGACUUCCCUCUCCCCAGCCACCUGAGCCAGCUCCUCCGGGUAAAUCCCAAGGGGUUCCCCGGCCAGGUCCGGUAAGAAGUCCGCUCCGACAGCUUCUGGCGUUUUUAAAAAGUAUCCCAGGGGCACGGUAAGGGUCGGAGAUGUUUAGUCUAUUUAAUUUCUGACUAUAUAAAACGAUUUCUUCGGUUUUAAAGUGUGAAGUAAACUACGACGAAUUAAAAUCCAAGCUGAUCCUGUUCAUGUUCAUGUUUACAUCCGUGUUUGUUUAGCUUCUUUUACCUGCCAAUAUGGCGUCUACUAACUGAGAGUCACGUGGGGUCCGGAGCUCUAUAGAGUCCAAGUGUGCCUUUAACUAACCAUUGUGUCAUCCUAUGGAUUUUGUUUUGUAGGGCACAGCUGUAAUGCCCAUCCUGACCUCUGUGUUGUUUGACAAAACUGAGUGGGAGACUCCAGACACCUUCAAUCCUGGUCACUUCCUGGAUGCCAGUGGGAAGUUUGUGAAGAGAGAAGCCUUCCUUCCCUUCUCAUCUGGGAAACGUGUGUGUCUUGGGGAAGGCCUCGCCAAGAUGGAGCUCUUUCUAUUUUUGGUUGGCUUGCUGCAAAAGUUCUCCUUUUCUGCUCCUGAAGGAGUCGAGCUGAGUGCAGAAGGAAUAACUGGAGUUACACGUGUUCCUGCUCCCUUCAAAGUGUGUGCCAGAGCUCGCUGAGCCGUGCCCCAGAUAGCAAAAAUUGGUUGAAUAAACAUUGAAAUAAUGUUUUGCAGAAACAUUGAAAUUACAUUGAAUCCUGAUGUUGAAAUUAUAUUGAAAGUGUCCACUGCGCUUUUUGUUGAAUCAUCAUUGAAUUUUCAACCAUGCAGACAUUGAAUCAAUGGUGAUUCAACCAUCAUCUAAAUGUGUAUCUACAUUAAAACUUUAGUUGAUUCAA